AUGUCUCUCGCUCAGCUGUCACAACUACUGCCCCUGCCGGAAGAAAAUCUCCAGCAAGUCCUCGACUACGCGGCGACGCUCUCCAGCGCCGAGGCUGCCACGCAUUUCGACAACCUGCUGGGCGAUUCGCCCCUCGCCCUCGAGUUCAUCUCAUCCUUCAACGGCCGUAGAAAGGAGGCGCCGCAACGGACUACGGGCCACGGUUCCGCUUCGGCUUCUGAGUCGGCCUCAUCCUUGGAGCCGGUGCCCAAGGCCAAGCGAGCGACGAAAAAGGACAAGGCGGCGAUCGGCACGCCGGAAGCUCGAAGCGGCCACGAGUACGCCGGUGCUCCCGGUGCCGCCUACUACAAGAAGUCUUCGGAUGUCGAGUACAUCCCGCAGCGAGCGAGCGCACCGGGCAGCCGCAAUGCUUCCCGACCGGCGACGCCCACGGCGGUGCAGCGUGCGGCCAAGCAGCACGCCUCGGCCACGGGCUUCCUCAUCUCGGAGCUGCCGGCGACGACCAAGUCCAAGGCCAAACCCAAAGCCCAGUCCAGCCCUUCCUCCCGCAGCUCGACACCGAAACCGGCACCGGCUGGCAGCAAGAGCAAGGUAUCCAUCACGGGCGGGACGCCCAUGGCAGGGCAGUCGACGGCGCUCGCCGACCUCGACGCCGCCAUUCGGGCACUCGAAAUCACGACGAACCCCCCCGACGAGGUCCAGGCCAUGAUACGGGAGCUCAAGGACGAGCGCGGCCGGGAGAAGAUGGCGGCCAACGCGUCGUCCAACAGGAGAGCCGAAGUGUCCAGGAAGCCGGCACCAUUCACCCAGCCGCGCGGAGCCGACACCGACGACGGCCGCUCCUUGGCCGAGGCGGCCGUCAAGGCUCGAGAGCAUCGCGACAAGCUCCUCAGCUUCCAGGCCCAAAACGCCAAACGAACGACGGUCCGUGACGAGGCGGCCGACUUUGACGUCAGCGGAGCCAUGACGGGACGCGGCAACAUGUGGGCGAGCCCCGAGGAGCGAGCCAAGGAGCUCAAGCGGCAGCAAGCGAUGCUGCGGGAGAUGGAGUGGAACGCAAAGCCCGACUACGAGAAGCGACGACAGGUCAUCAGCAUCGACCUCGUCGGCGGCAAGGUCGUGCGGAAGAUGGCCGCCAUCGAGCGGCCGCGGCAACCCCUUGCUCGGCGCCUUGCUGCGGCCCGUGCUGGACAGCAAGGGAAAGGCCGACGGCCGGUUGGCGGGACGGACGAAUGGCAAGAAGAGCUGGAGACGGGUGCAGGAUGA